AAACCUGGACAAAACCGGGCUUGGGGGCUGUCGUUUUGGCCGAAAGUUAAACGCAUCGGAUCUCUGGUGUCGUGCGGCACGCUUGCAAUCAACGGAGAGAAACUCGGAUAGACACCGCCACACCGGCACCCCGCGUUCGCGUGUUCGCCCUUCUGGCAGUUUCGCGUCUCAUUUGCCUCGCAGAGAGUUUUGGGAUUGAAGCUAAAAAUGGCGUGCUUACAUGACCACAGUUGUGAAGAUCAUAACUGUUCCUCUGACUGGUCCCUCUACAAACACAUAGAUCUUUCCAAGGUGUCUGCUCUAAAUGAGGCAACUCCAGGAAGUGUUAAGUCAGUUUUUAAAGCUUGGGAACAACGUUUAGAUUCUUCUGGGGAUCACUUGAAAAGCAACGAAGGUGACCCUGAAUUACUUGUUUUCAUUCCGUUCACUUCCGAUGUCAAGAUCAAGAGUAUAUGCAUAAUUGGUGGACCUGAUGGCACGGGUCCUUCCAAGAUGAGAGCGUUCAUCAAUCGAGAGGGCAUUGACUUUUCAGAUGCUCAAAGCAUGCAAGUCGUUCAGGAAUGGGAUUUGGUUGAGAAUACGCAGGGAGUACUGGAAUAUCAGACAAGAUAUUCUAAAUUCCAAAGCGUGGCGAACAUUACGUUGCACUUUCCUGGCAAUUUUGGUGGCGACACGACUGAAAUACAAUAUAUUGGCUUCAAAGGCGAGGCCACCCAGUUAAAAAGGGACGUCGUUGCCACUAUUGUUUAUGAGCUUAGGCCUAAUCCUUCUGAUCACAAGACGCGAGCUGAAGGGAGUGGCGGUCUUUCUCGAAUUGAAUGAAAGAAACUCAGACUUGCUUUUGACCGGAUUACCGUCAAAAUCUGUGUGUGUGUGUGUGUUUACGCAUUUAAGAUCCAGAAAGAGUUAACAACUGGAUGGUGGAAAAAAUACAACUGAAUGAUACGAUCGUGUACGAGGAAGGACCCCCCCCCGGAAUUUUUUUUCCCCCUUUUAAAUGGCACAUGGAAUUCUGUGUUAAACUAUUCAGCACUAUGAUCCAUACAAUUGCGUCUGAAUAAUGAUAAUCAAAAUAAGAACUGUCGUAAUUAAAAUA